GAAUCCAUAGUCUCAUCAUUUCCUGUGGAAAUAAAAGCAAAACCUCUUCUCCAAAGCAAUGCCGUCUUUGAGUUCUAUUUUAAAGUUAAUGCACUCUUAAAAUAUCUAGACUGGUUUAUUUCAGUAGUUCCUCUUUCAAUCCUCUGUCUCUUUGCAGCUGUUGUUUGCUUAUCAGCAAUCAAAAACCUGAAAAUCAACACAAUACCAUAUAGGAUCCAGGCAUCUGAAGAAGCCUCCCUCAGGGCACUGGAAAGUCUGAUGACAGAAUUUUUCCAUGAGUGUACAACCAAUGAGAGAAAACGAGAGAUAGAGGAGCUUCUUAAUAACUUUGCCCAGCAAGUAGGAGCCUGGAGAUUCUGCUUAUAUUUUCUGUCCAGCACAAGGAAUGACUAUGUUAUGAUGUACAGCUUAACGGUUUUUGAGAAUCUGAUCAAUAAAAUGUGGCUUGGGGUCCCAUCUCAGGAUAAGAUGGAAAUCCGUAGUUGCUUGCCCAAACUUCUGUUGGCUCACCAUAAAACCUUACCUUACUUUAUCCGGAACAAACUCUGCAAAGUUAUUGUUGAUAUUGGACGCCAAGAUUGGCCCAUGUUCUACCAUGACUUUUUCACUAAUAUUUUACAGUUGAUCCAGUCCCCUGUGACAACCCCCCUUGGGCUGAUCAUGUUGAAAACAACUUCAGAAGAGCUAGCUUGUCCCCGUGAGGACCUCAGUGUGGCUCGGAAGGAGGAGUUGCGGAAGCUGCUGCUGGACCAGGUGCAGACAGUGCUUGGGCUUUUGACAGGUAUCUUGGAAACUGUCUGGGACAAACACAGUGUUACUGCUGCCACUCCACCACCAUCCCCGACCUCAGGAGAAAGUGGUGAUUUACUGAGUAACCUGUUGCAGAGUCCUAGUUCAGCCAAACUGCUGCCCCAGCCUAUCCCUGUGCUGGAUGUGGAGAGUGAGUAUGUCUGUUCCCUGGCCUUGGAGUGCCUGGCCCACCUCUUCAGUUGGAUUCCUCUGUCUGCCAGCAUCACCCCAUCCCUCCUCACCACUAUCUUCCACUUUGCUCGAUUUGGCUGUGAUACCCGGGCCAGAAAGAUGGCAUCAGUGAAUGGCAGCAGCCAGAACUGUGUUUUGGGUCAGGAGCGUGGCCGACUUGGGGUCUUGGCCAUGUCCUGCAUCAAUGAACUCAUGUCCAAGAACUGUGUGCCUAUGGAAUUUGAGGAGUACUUAUUACGAAUGUUCCAGCAAACCUUCUACCUCCUGCAAAAAAUCACCAAGGAUAACAAUGCCCACACGGUGAAGAGCAGGCUAGAGGAGCUCGAUGAGAGCUACAUUGAGAAGUUUACUGACUUUCUGCGGCUCUUUGUGAGUGUUCACCUAAGACGAAUCGAGUCCUACUCCCAGUUCCCUGUGGUGGAGUUCCUGACCCUUCUCUUCAAGUACACAUUUCAUCAGGUAAAGGCCCAGACUGGUCUUCCUUUCCUAGACAGGGCUUCCUUCUUAUUUCUAGGAAAAAGAGCCCCCCACCCCACCCCAAGCAUUUCCAGUAGUCUUUACUAUAGGACGAUUAAUGCGUUCAGUCUUUCUAAGAGUCCAGGGUUGUAGCUCUUACCAUGUGUG